AUGAAUAACAAUAAUAAACGAAGAAAACCAUUAUUGCCAUGUUCAAGGCGUCAGAUACGUCGUAUUAUUGCUAGUAAUGAUCAGUCAAGUUUACCAACAAAUGAUAAUUCUUUUGAUUCCGAAAGUAGUAGUAGUUCUGACAACAAUGAUGAAACUUAUAAGCCAUUACAAAUAGUCGUAUCAAACAAUUUUGAAAUUAGUAAAAAUGAAAUUUUAUCAAAUAAAGAUGAUUUUGUGAUAAACAAUGAUUUAGCAGAUUCAUCUGCAUCUGAUUCAUCCUCUGAUCAUCUUAUUUUGUCUGAUGAAAAUUCCAAUUUAACACCAAGUCAUAAUAACUCAGUUCCUAAUGAAUUGAAUAGGUCUAUACAACAUUUAGAAGAAUUUGAAUCUAGUCUUAGAGUUUGGGCUAUAAAUAACAAUAUUACUAACUCAGCAUUAUCUCAGUUAUUAGUUAUAUUAAACAACCAUACUAAUCAUAAUUUACCGUUAGAUGCUCGAACAUUAUUAAAAACUUCUCGAUCACCUUUGUAUAAUUUAACCGAGAUUGGAAAUGGUUCCUUUUGGUAUUAUGGUCUUGAAAAGUGUAUUUUGAAUAUGGUUGAAGAACAGUAUGAUGUGGAUGCCUUAGACUUAUUAAUUAAUAUUGAUGGAUUGCCAAUUGCUAAAUCAUCUAAUAGUAGCAUUUAUCCUAUUCUAUGUUCAUACACUAAGUUUAAAAAAGUUUUUAUGAUUGGUGCAUACUAUGGACAUGAGAAACCUAUUGACUCUAAUAUGUACUUGGAACAAUUUGUGAAUGAAAUAGUUCCUUUAGUUCAAAAUGGAUUUAAAAUGCCAAACAAUAAAUUAAUUACUAUUAAAAUGCAUGGGUUAAUUUGCGACGCCCCGGCUAAAUCAUUUGUUUUGUGUACCAAAGGGUCGCGGUCGGUAUUUUGGCGACACCCGCCCGACGCGCAACAGUCGGACGGCAGGUGGUGGGGACCCGGACGUCGACAACGACGCCCGACCUCGCCGCCGAGGUCCGUCAGCCUGGCACCCCAAAGUCAAAAUGUCAAGGUCAAAUCAAACUAA